UCUCUUAAAAACGCCAAAUCGCGCAAUUUUUAGAAUUCAAUCUUUGUUAUUGUAAUUUUGACUCGUUCUUAUUUAUUUUUUAGUUAUUUAUAACAAUGUCUGAAGAUGAUCAUCACACCGGGUUAGACAUAUCAGAUAUAGUAGAAGACACUGAUCAAUUUCUUGAAAACGAUUUUCACCCAACGGAAGUUACUGAAUCCGAGCAAAGUAUCAUUCAAGAUUCUGAGAUUUUAAACUCCGAGAAUACAUUAGUUUUAGAAAAAAAACCGCAAAAUGCCAAUAAAAUAGAAAUUGUACGGUCCACAAAGCUUCCUAUGGCUAGGAUAAAAAAUAUAAUGAAAAUGGAUCCAGACGUCAAUAUUGUAAACGCUGAAGCAGUUUUCUUAGUAACAAAAGCAACUGAGAUGUUCUUAGAAACUAUUGCUAAAGAAACAUUCACAUACACAACCCAGCAUAAGAGGAAAACAAUAACCAAGAAAGAUCUUGAUGUAGUCAUCAACAAAGUGGACUGCCUGUGUUUCUUAGAAGGAGCUAUGGACUUUUGAAGGCCUUUGUUAUAUUGAUACCUUAGUAUAUAGUGAUAAUUGUAAAUAUUUCAUGAAUAAAUCUUUUAAGGCAAACUUUA